AUGCUGUUCAAAACCAAACCGAAAGUGGUGACACAAGCACAAACACCACCGCCGCAACCGCAACCGCCACAGACCCUCGACCUGAGCCUCAGCCUGGAGCCGUCGCUAUCGGAAAAAAUGUACCAUAUUCUCAACCAGGGACCUCUGGGUCUGGUGUCUCUUGACAACCUGGACGACGACGACGACCGCUGCAGCGUCGACAUGAUGGCCAUUUUGGAGGAGGGCCCGCGGCGGAGCGAGGACUCGGUCGACCGUUUCCGCACCCCCCGAUCUUCUCUUUGGAGCGAGUCCGACAGUGUCACCAGCGACGCCCACGACACCCACGACACCAGUGACACCAACGACACCCGCGACGCCAACGACAUGGCCAGCGGCGCCAACGGUAUGGCCAAAAUCACAUCCACCACAUCCACCACAUCCACAUCAACUGCAUCCACCGACGAGCUGGACCCCUCUCUGUCGUCCUCCGUCACCCCAGCCACCUCCAACAGCAGCAGUGGCUCCGUUCUACAGCCCAUAGGAGAGGACAAGAUGGGAGAGGAAGGAGAAGCAGAAGCAGAAGCAGAAGCAGAAGCAGAAGCAGAAGCAGAAGCAGAAGCAGAAGCAGAAGGAAACACAAGCAUCAGCACCAUCGACGCUACGGACGCCGACAAUACCGCUGACACACACAAUGUGCUUAUCACGCUGACCACGUCCCAGGACUCAGACUCCUCGGUCUCCUCCUCGGUCUCCUCCUCUGGAGAUAUCACACAGGCAACGUCAUCGUCCUCUCUGACUCCGUCGCCUCCGUUAUCGCCCACCAACAAGUCCUUGUCGUCGCCAAAUUUGGCGAACCACUCUGUACGCGCAGAGACUCGUUCGGCGUCAUCCAGCGGUCUUCUUGAGUCGCCACUGCCACAGCCGCCUCGAGCGCUCGCGUCUGCGCUCUAUGUGUCUCAGAACCCCAACGCCAAGUCCCGUUCACCAGCCGGCUCGCGUUCUGCGUCGCCACACAAACCGGGCCACCGACGUCAUCCCUCCGAUGGCUCAGAGGUUCCUUCCACGACAAACACCAUGUCGUUUAAGAGUCUCUCGCUCAAGAGUGACUCGUCGGACUCGGACAGCCACUCCAUCCGGUCCAUGCGUUCGUUCCGCUCGUCGUUCCGCUCCUUUUCGCACGAGUCGCUGUUUGCGCUCAAGAAGCGGGAUGCAGUGGCCUUGUCAAGCACAUCAUCACCGUUGACGCCCAUUUUUUCCAACGCUUCCACCAACUCUCCGAAUCACGACAUCAAGGCGUUGGAGAGUGCCCUCAGCAAGUUCAACGGCAAGCAGGGCACUCCAAAGGCCAACAUUCUACGUAUUGAGCUUCUGACGCUGCUUCGCAAGGAGACUCCAAUUGGAGCUUUACCUUCUGAUUCCGUUGCCAUCUUUUCCAAAUGGUGGAAGGCGAUUCUCGAAGCUCUGCACAAUCGGCCAUCCUCCCACGACAAGAUUGCAUACAUGGAGGCCAUCUCCAAGCUCAUGGACCGGCCCGAGUGGAAGGAGCACAACUCGUCCGUGUUCUGCUCCCUCGUCUACCAGACGGUGAGAUAUUGUUCGGAGAAGCUGUCCUUGAAGUCGGUACCCAUUCCCCUCGCCGCCUUUAGUGGAAAGACGUUUGCCUAUGCCUUCUUCCACUGUCCAGGAGUGGCCCACCAGCUUCUGGCGCAUCUUCAGGUCCCAGCUGCAGACCUGGAACGCAUCGGACCCAUCUGCGACUCUCCGGUGCUCCGUCCGCCUGUGGACGGCAAGCCCCAGAUUCCUCUGGGUCCCUGGAUCCGCCGUUGGGCUUCGUCUGUCUCUGACACCUUUUAUUCGUUCUUGAAACACUACUAUUGUAUUGGUGGUGGUAUGGAGGCCGACGGAGAGCUGCCUCCCGGAUGGAUCCACGUCCACGGGUUCAUUCUGGGCUCUCUGGACGCCGUGGUGAGACCGCGGAAGCCACCUGCGCCCCCAUCGCUCACCCCGUGCAUCCCCAAGCCCCGGAAGAUUCACAAACUGAAGCUUCUGGGUGCUCUGCGAGAGCUCAAGAAGUCAUGCCACGCCGAGUUCUUUGCCCAUGUGCUCGCGCCGGCAAUUGAAGACAUUCUCAAGUCCGUGUCGCUCAAAACGGUCGUCUACGACGUGGAGCAGUGCACUGCGCUGGCCGACCUGGCCGAGGAGAUGCUGACGAUGCUAGAGUCACCUCUACGGUCGCUGGACGCCGCCUUCUGGCUCAAUGUCGUGGGCAUCAUGUUGCGAUCCGAAUCGCACUACACCACAUUGCGAGCCUUGGCCUUUUUGCACAACACAUUCCCCCACAAUGAUCCAGGUGCGUCGUCGAUGUAUGCGGAUUUCAUUUUGGAGCCGGAUACGCUGAAAAAGUACUUUUGCCACUGGCACCCACUGAUUCGGGCAGCAUACAUGCGGGUUGUGUGCUACCGGGUGCUUCCCAAGGCGCCCCAGAAGAUGAACCACUCUCUGGUGACUGUGUACACGCGGCUCAUCACGUACAUGGAGUACUGCCGAGUGAAGGAGACGCCCUUGCCCGUGACCGACGCAUGUUCGCGGCUGCGGAUUGUGUCACGUGACUUUGAGGCUUCGAACGUGGAUCUGGUGGUUCAAAAUCUGCAGAAUCUCGAUUUUGUGGAUAUUGGUGUGAGGGGCCGAGGGUUUGAAGGGCGGCUGAUGGAGCCUGGAACUCCCCCUAGAAGUUCGGGCGGCUCAUCUGAGGUUCUGACCCCCACGGGUGCUCUCACGCCCUCUGGAAGCGGUGCCAUGACUCCUGGCGGGUCUACCACCUCUCCCUUGGCCUCUCGAACUUCUCCCAGUGUUACUCCGCGAUACUUUGAGGACUCGCCGCCUCGAGUGUCGGCGUUUGAUGUGGAGGACGAUCUGUUUGAGGGUGUGGAAAAGACCACCGUCAAAAAGUGGGGUUUUCUGCGCAAGGAGGUGUAUGCUCAUGACGAGCAUGUCGAUACUGGAGCCCAUUCUGUGUCCCAGUCGUCGCCCAACGGCAUUUCUUCUCAGUACAAGUUUGUAAUGGAGUCCACAUCUAGGUCCAAGACCCCUCCGGGCUCUGAGAACUUUGCCAAUGAGGAGCCGUCGGUCGCGUAUCCUCGGCUGCCGUUUGAUCUGAAGGACAAGACCAAGGACUCGCAGUCGACUCUGGAUUCCGCCACCACUGCCACCACGUCCAACACGUCUGUGGACGACGAUGCGUUCCGAGUGCCUCUUGAUCUCGACGAGUUUAAGGAUCUGACUGAGUAUGUCAAGUACUGGAAGUAUGCCGGCAGGUCGUUGAACGAGUGGGACGGCGUGGUGAGAGAGUAUGAGACGUUUGUGACGCAACAUGGAGGAGCAGGAGUACCCCAUAUGGUGGGAGAUAUGGGCAGAUGUGCGCCAUUAUAG